AGAGAACCUAAUCACCACCGGAGAAAUUUAACCGCAAAUCCCAAAUCUUUCUUCUCCGGCCAGCCAAGAUGAUAGCUUACCUGGAGUGCUUCGUCCAAGAAAAUGAAAACGACGCCGAAUCCCGGCCAUACGACGUCGUCUCCGGCCUCCGCGGGGCCCUCGACCUCCAAGGCACCAUCGACUGCGGCGACGCAGCCGAACAAGCCGCCAAAGACUUCGGCGGGAUGAACUCCCUCGCUCCUCUCGCCUUGGUCCGUCCCGCCGGCGCCGCCGACGUUGCGAGCGUGGUGCGAGCGGCGGCGAAUCUGAACCUGACGGCGGCGGCGCGCGGCAACGGCCACUCCAUCAACGGCCAGGCCAUGGCGGAUCGAGGCCUGGUCCUGGACAUGCCGGCCAUGGAGGACCAUUUCCAGGUGGUGAGGACGAGCAGCACCUCCGGCUACGCUGACGUGUCGGGAGGGGCAUUAUGGGAAGACGUGCUGAAACGGUGCGUUCGGGAUUACGGCAUGGCGCCGAGGUCGUGGACGGACUACCUCAGCUUAACGGUCGGCGGCACUUUAUCCAACGCUGGCGUCAGCGGCCAGGCUUUCCGUUACGGACCCCAAACCUCGAACGUAACGGAGCUUGAAGUCGUUACGGGGAAGGGCGAGACUUUCGUGUGCUCGGAAGAGGAAAACUCGGAGCUCUUCUUUUCCGUUCUUGGCGGGCUAGGCCAGUUCGGCAUCAUCACCAGAGCUCGAGUACGCCUCCAGCAAGCCCCGGACAUGGUGAGAUGGAUAAGGCUGGUGUACACCGAGUUCGACGCCUUCACUCGCGACGCCGAGUCGCUCGUCACUCGCCCCCACGACGACGGAGAGUCAUUCGAUUAUGUGGAAGGCUUUGCCUUUAUGAACAGCGAUAACCCGGCGGAUGGGCUCCCCUCGGUUCCUCUACACCCGGACCAGGUGUUCGACCCGACCCGGCUGCCUCAAGAAGCUGGAUCAGUACUCUACUGUCUCGAGCUCGCUCGUCACUACCGGAGCUCUGACCACCUCUCAGCUGUUGACAAGGGCGUGAACAGGCUGCUGGAAGGCCUAGGAUUCGUGGAGGGAUUGGAGUUCCAAGUGGACCUCGGAUACGAGGAGUUUCUAUUGCGUGUGAAGCAGGCAGAGGAGCACGCAAAGGCCAGCGGCAUUUGGGACGCUCCCCACCCUUGGCUGAACCUGUUCGUGUCAAAAUCGGACAUCGCCGAUUUUGAUCGGGUGGUGUUCAAGGAGAUCCUUAAAGACGGCAUUGGUGGCCCAAUGCUCGUCUAUCCUCUUCUGUGUAGCAAGUGGGAUGCGCGGACGUCUGUUGUGCUACCGGAAGGCGAGAUCUUCUACAUUGUGGCGUUGUUGAGGUUCACUCCGGCAUACCCGAAAGGCCCGUCGUGUGAGAGUCUAGUUGCUCAGAACCAGGAGAUUGUGCAAUAUUGCAGGAAGAAAGGUUUGGACUUUAAGUUGUAUCUGCCGCAUUAUCGAUCGCAAGAGGAAUGGAAGCGGCACUUCGGGAAUCAAUGGAGCAGGUUCGUCGAACGGAAGACUUGCUUCGAUCCCAUGGCAAUUCUCGCUCCCGGGCAGAAAAUUUUCCCGAGAAGUAAUCCCAAACCCUAGCUAGAUAUAGAGCAAAUAGUCAUCAUUCAGGUUUAUUCGGUGUAAUUUUUUCUCCUCUUUUGUAUUGUGCUGGUGGGUCAGUACCAUUGUUGUUAUCAAUCGAAACAAUUCGACAAAGAAGCUAGCCGUUGGCAGCAAAUUAAUAUAAAGAAAUUAGUUUGAGCA